CCCACAUUCGCCCGAAUCCUUGGAAUCUCUAAACCUCGUCUAGGUAACGCCAACGGGCAAACUCAUUCCCUAACGAUUGGAUGCUGACCGAUUUUUGGUAAUUGCUGAAGAAUUCAAUAUGUGGUUGCUAUAGUACCGGCCUCCCUUAGCGACUUGCACCGGACAUUUCGGAGAACGAAUAGCUUGGAGUGAGUUACCAAUCAAGUUCCCAGGUUACCAAUCAACUUUGAAGUUACCAACGAGUGUUUGAACCUUGAGUUGUUUCAUAUUUUUCUGUUCAACAACGACUCAACUCACAAAUAAAAGCGUCUCAUGGAUUCUCACCGAUUAUAUACAAGACCACUCUUGAUUAUAUCACUGAUUGUCGCAGUCGUGGCUUUCUUAUUUUCAACAUCACUGUUUCGUGUUACAUUGCCCCUUUUCACUUGGAAGUCCAUAUCCUCUUUUACGCAACACCGACUAUCAACGAACUCCUCACCAAAAAUGGCGAAUAAUAAAAUCCCAGUUUAUUUCUUCAGCCAUGGAGGUCCAACCGUCCAAUAUGAGACGGAGCAUCCAGCUUACCCAAUCCUACAAAACAUUGGGAAAGAAAUAACGGAGAAAGUAAAGCCUAAGGCCGUGGUUGUCUUUUCAGGCCAUUGGGAGGCUGGACGUAAUGUGAUCGAAGUGAACACUGCCGAGCACACGGAUCUGAUCUAUGACUUCUAUGGGUUCCCGCCCGAGUACUAUAAGGCACAGUAUCCGAAUAAGGGAAGCCCCGAGCUCGCCUCUCACAUACUCGAUCUUCUGACUAAGGCUGGGAUUGAGGCAAAGGGAGUGACUAGGGGUCUCGAUCACGGAGUGUGGUCGGGGUUCCACGUCGCCUUCCACCCACAGGAUAACCCCCUCAAUGUUCCCUUGGUUCAAGUGAGCUUGUACAACAACCAAGACGUCGAUCUGCAUUAUCGGCUAGGACAAGCUGUCGCUUCUCUACGCGAUGAAAACAUUCUCGUCAUCGGCGCUGGGAUGUCGGUACAUAACCUUAGGGACUAUUUCGUAACGCAAGGCGACCCAAAUCCAUUGCCUUACGUGCCGGUCUUUGACGAGGCCCUAAAAGAGGCGGUUGAGUCUCCUCCUAGCGAACGCCAAACCCGCAUGAGCCAAGUUGCUAAGCGACCAGAUGCUAAACAGGCCCAUCCCCGCUUCGACCAUUUGAUGCCGCUGUAUGUGGCAGCCGGUGUGGCUGGUGAUGACGCAGGCAAGAGAACGUGGACGCUGCACGAGGGUAGCAUGGGAUGGGGGCAGUAUAGGUUCGGAAAAGUCCCUGCAUCCUAGGAGGAUGAUGCAAGAUGCUUUAGGCGGGGAUAAUAAUUGACAUAUACCCCAACCCCUCCAGAAAUAAGUAGAAUGUCAGGUAGGUAUACUUUUAAAAAGUGCAAUAUGAGCU